AUGGAAAGAAUGAAAGCAGCCAUGACUGCUGCAGACAAUUAUAUUUUAUCUAAUUUGAAAGUUUUGCGUUGUUUGAAACGGAAGAAGAAAAUUUAUUUGGAUUCAAAUUUUGUUCAACUGAAAACAUCGCUAAAAUUAAUUAUGUAUUUAAAAGAGAAAGAUAAGUGCAAUGGUGUAACGAUGUUUAGAAAAAGCCUGACUUAUUUAAACUGA